AUGCCACGUAAGCUACGUAAGAAUAUACGUAAGAGGAAGAGAGCAUUGAAACAUCCAAUAGUAAAACUAACACCACAACAACAGUUGCAACAACAAAUGCUGAAUGACCCCACUAUGUUGCAACAAAUGUCAAGCAAUCCUAUGCUUUUAAACCGAGUUGUUGGUGCACAGAGUGGAGGUUUAAGAGCGGCACUUUUAGCGAAAAUGGCAGGCUAUGGUGGAGCUGCAGACGGAACAGCCUAUAACCCUCAAAGUCAAAUGAAUUUGAGUUCACUCAAAAAUCAAAUAACAGAUGUCAAAAAGUCAAACAUAGACAUACAGAAGCAAAUAAGUGAAAACGAAAAGAAACUAGAAUAUGACAGACACACAAAGAAACUCAAUGAGUUAAACGUAGAGAAAAAGAAGAAAGAAGAACAACUGAAAGAACUAAGUACAGAGGAAUAUGCGAAAAAAGUGUCAGAAAAAGCAGCAGAAGUAGCAAAAAUGGAACAAGAUGUCAUAAAUUUGAAAAACCAUACUACUCGAUAUAAAGUACUGAAAGAUGAAGAGAUAAAACAAAAAGCCCUGAAGACAUAUAUGGAUAGCGAUGAGUAUAAAAAAGAAGUUGAAGCAAAUGUAAAGGCAGAAAAACUUUUACAGUUGCAAAACCAAACCGUACAGUAUGAAAACUUA